AUGUCAGUCCAACCAACACAGUCCGGCAAAUUUCAGCAGACACCCAAACUUUGCAGGAAGCCCUUUGAUCAGCACGGCCUCUUUGGCUCUUCAACAUCGCACCCUCGACUCUUCAACCUUCAAAACCAGUCAUGUGCCACGGGCAUCCUCAUUACCAUUCUGCGGGAGGAGGCGGGUGGACAUGCUGCAAAUGCGGAGGGCGGAACAGUAGCGGAUGGUGCCUGA